UCCUCACUUUAGGUCUGAUGCUCUAUCUACUGCGCCACCUCGAUGCCCCUAUUAUUAUUAUUAUUAUCUUAAUGAAUACACUGGAACUUCAUUAUAAAACAUAAACCAGAAUACUAAGUAAGGUGGGUCAACAAUGGACGCUAUCCAAAUAUAACCACAGCAUUGAAGCAAUAUCUACAUUCGUAUGAUUCUUUAAAGUUUUUUAUACGCUUUCAUUUCCAAUUUGCUAAUUUGAUGCUAACAACUAGCCUUUAAAAUAGGCAAAAUAAAUGGAAUUAUGUAUUUUAAGCUCUAUUUGCCUACAGCAGACAGAUCUUAAAUCACUCAUCGCCUAUUCUUCUGUCAGCCAUAUAGGCUUAGUAAUUAUCGCUGCACUCAUACAAUCCCCCCUUAGUUUCAUAGGAGCAACUGUACUAAUGAUUGUCCACGGAUUACAUCUCAGAAAACUGAGGCACAGAGAUGGUUUAUUUGGAGUUCAGGUGAUAAUAGAAGUCAGUUUUCCUGACUCCCCAGCCUGUGGUACUUCCUCAUCUCAAAAUUGUCAAGUCGAAUUAGUAAAACAGCUCCUCAAAGGUGAACCUUAAGGAUUAAAUACAAGUCAAGUGAACCAGAGGUUUUGAGGUGGGAUGGAAAAGACUCUAGACUUGAAGAUUUUAUAGGUCAGCUUCUCUUCCCCAGAACGUAAACUCUUUGAGAACAGGAAUUAUUAAUUUUUUUUUUGGUUUUGGUUUUGGUUUUGUACAUUUAGUUCCUAGCAAAGCCCUUCUGGUUGUGCUUAAUAUUUUAGUGAAUCGAAUUAAAGAAGAAUUCGGAGUUUACACUGCUCCCGGGAGAAGUAUUCUUCCCACCAAUGCGGUCUACUCAAAUUUUCUUAAAGUAUUUUUGUCUAGGUUUAUUCUAGUCCCCAGUCCUCCUUAUCUUCUAAUAACCUUAUUUGUGUUUGGGUUUUUUUUUUUUUAUUAUAGCUUUUUAUUGACAAAACAUAUGCAUGAGUAAUUUUUCAACAUUGACCCUUGCAAAAACUUCUGUUCCAACUUUUCCCCUCCUUCCCUUCACCUCUUUCCCUAGAUGGCAGGUAGUCCCAUACAUGCUAAAUAUGUUAAAGUAUAUGUUAAAUACAAUAUAUGUAUACAUAUUUAUACAGUUAUCUUGCUGCACAAGAAAAAUCUAAUUUAGAAAGAAGGUAAAAAUAACCUGGGAAGAAAAACAAAAAUGCAAGCAAACAAUAACAGAAAGAGUGUAAAUGCUAUGUUGUGGUCCACACUCAUUUCCCAGUGUUCUUUUACUGGGUGUAGCUUUUACCUUAUUUAUGUUGAUGUCCUAGUGUACUAAAUACGCUAGCUUGUUGGGCUCUGGACCUUAGACACUAAGUAGUUUUUUUGUUUGUUUGUCUUUGUAUCUCCAGCACCUAGCACCUGUGCCUUUGUGUAUAGUAAGCCCUUAAUUAGGGUUUGUUGAAUGGAGAACAAAGAAAACAUACUCUUUCCCUUGAAAACAAACUGUAACCAUCAGCUUCCCCUGCUCCUUCAAAGGCAGCCCCAUGUGAUAAAGUAGGGGACUUUUAUACAUCACCUUUUGGAGAUGUGCUACUCUAGAUUUCUCAAUGUGCGUCCUCUAUUUAGAAGGGCAAAGUCUCCAGUCUCUACUACUUUCUUUCUCUCAUCCCAGCCAGUGUACAUUCCCUGCACUCACGCUCCUGAGGGAACUGGAGAGAGGUGGCACCUAGAAACUAGCAAAAGUGACUUGCAUGCCAGAGAGCUCAGCUGAAGAACGGAAUGAAGGUUCAGCCUCCUGGAGUUGGGUGAAAGUUAGCUGCCAAGCAGCUGUCUCCACAAUCCUUGUGCUUCCCACUCACUGGAGACUGGAGAAGAAUCUGCCAGGAUCUGCCGCCCGCCCGUGCUGCUGCUGCCGCUGCUGCGCUGCUGCUGCACGAGUGGCUUCCUCUCCACUCCCUCCCUCACUGAUUUUUUCUCCCUGCCUUCCAAUCCCUCCCUUUUCCCCUCCUUCCCUCUCUCCUCGGAGCUCUUAGAGACAUACUUGCUGUCCUUCUAGCGUCGGUAACUUUACCAGGGGGAUAUAGCAGCUGUGGUUGCCACUUCGAUCAGGGAAUUGCAUGACCUCAGGCAACCCGACUAAGGGCCAUUCAGCCUAGCCGAACACCUUUUUCUCUAUUUUUUUUUUUUUUUUGCCUUUUUAUGUGUCUUUCCUUUAAAGAAAAAAAAAAAAAAAUCAACCAAAGUACCAAGAAAUCCAGAGCUGUCUGCAAGGUUGUCAGAUCCCAGGGAUUCUUUAAGAGGCUUUUAUUUUUCGAGGGGAGCUCUGAGGGCUGGUGCUGAACUUGUGCCCCGUGUCAUGAAAGGGAGCCUUCACCUCUAGGAAUAUCAACCAGACUCCCAGAAAUCAUGUUGGUAGGAUCUCAGUCAUUCUCCCCAGGAGGUCCCAAUGGAAUUAUUAGAAGCCAGUCCUUUGCUGGUUUCAGUGGCCUUCAAGAAAGGCGAUCCAGGUGUAAUUCAUUCAUUGAAAAUACUUCAGCACUCAAGAAGCCUCAGGCCAAAUUAAAGAAGAUGCACAAUUUAGGCUACAAAAUUAACAGCCCUCCCAAAGAGCCUCAGCCUAAAAGGGUGGAAGAGGUCUACCGAUCCUUAAAGAAUGGACUUGAUGAGUAUCUGGAGGUUCAUCAGACAGAAUUGGACAAGUUGACUGCUCAGUUAAAAGAUAUGAGAAGAAAUUCUCGCCUGGGUGUUCUGUAUGACUUAGAUAAGCAAAUCAAAGCAAUCGAAAGGUACAUGAGACGACUGGAGUUUCACAUCAGUAAGGUGGAUGAACUCUAUGAAGCCUAUUGUAUCCAAAGACGUCUCCAAGAUGGUGCUAACAAAAUGAAACAAGCUUUUGCCACCUCCCCAGCCAGCAAAGCUGCCAGAGAGAGUUUAUCUGAAAUCAACAGGAGUUACAAGGAAUAUACUGAGAAUAUGUGCACCAUUGAAGCAGAGCUGGAGCAUCUUUUGGGGGAGUUUUCCAUCAAGAUGAAAGGCCUGGCUGGCUUUGCUCGGCUCUGUCCUGGAGAUCAGUAUGAAAUAUUCAUGAAAUAUGGCCGACAGCGGUGGAAACUCAAAGGCAAAAUAGAAAUGAAUGGCAAACAGAGUUGGGAUGGUGAAGAAAUGGUUUUUCUACCUUUAAUAACUGGAUUGAUUUCUAUUAAGGUCACAGAACUCAAAGGGCUUGCAACUCAUAUCCUAGUAGGAAGUGUCACUUGUGAGACAAAGGAUCUUUUUGCAGCCCGACCUCAGGUGGUAGCUGUUGACAUCAAUGAUCUUGGCACCAUCAAAUUAAACUUAGAAAUCACUUGGUAUCCCUUUGAUGUGGAGGACGUGACCUCAUCCACAGGCAACGGGAAUAGGGCCACAGCUCUCCAAAGAAGAAUGUCCAUUUACAGCCAAGGAACUCCGGAAACUCCUACUUUCAAGGAUCACUCAUUUUUUUCUAAUCUCCCUGAUGACGUCUUUGAAAAUGGAAUGGAAGUUGAAGAAAAAAGGCCAUUGUCACUGAGUUUUUGUGACUUGCCCAGUGGGGACUGUGCCUCAUCUUCCAAAUCAAGUGGCUCCUCUAUUAACAUUGGUCAGUCUAAUCCAGAAAUUACUGUUACCCCAGCAGAGCAUAACCUCAGUAGUGUGGCCUCCCAGACUUCCCCUAGGGAUGAUCCCCUAGGGAUUCCAGGCUCUUCCAGAAAUUCCAUUGUGGAAGCCCAAGAUCCAAAGCCAUCGGAGCACACAGAAGUCCCCUCGACUGCUUCUGAAGUGUGCCAACAAACGCCGGGCACAGGCGGUGACAGCUUGUUCCUGGAGAAUCAUGUGGCUGUCUCACUUCUGCAAGAUUCAGAUGAGGUUUCUGAGCUGAAGCCUGUAGAAUUGGACACCUUUGAAGGAAACAUCACCAAACAGCUUGUCAAGAGGCUCACCUCGACAGAGGUGCCAGUGAUUCCUGAGAGACUCCAGUUUGAGGGUUCAGUCAGUGGAGAAUCAGAAGGCUGUAGAUCCUUCUUAGAUGGGAGCUUAGAGGAAGCAUUUCAGGGGCUUUACCUAGCACUAGAACCCCAUAAAGAGCAAUAUAAAGAGUUCCAAGAUUUGAAUCAAGAGGUGAUGCACCUGGAUGAUGUUCUCAAAUGCAAGCCAGCAGGAAGCCACAGCCGGUCUUCUAGUUUAAGUCUUACAGUUGAGAGUGCUUUAGAAAGCUUUGAUUUCCUGAACACCUCUGACUUUGAUGAGGAGGAGGAUGGUGAGGAGGUUUGUAAUGUUGGAGGAGGUGCUGACUCAGUAUUUUCAGACACUGAGAUUGAGAAAAAUAGUUACAGAUCAAUACACCCCGAGGCCAGGGGGCAUCCUAGUGAAGCGCUGACAGAAGACACAGGAGUCGGUACCAGUGUAGCGGGAAGCCCUCUUCCCCUGACCACAGGAAAUGAAAGCCUUGAUAUCACCAUAGUUAGGCACUUGCAGUACUGCACGCAGCUUAUACAGCAAAUUGUGUCCUCAAGCAAAACUCCAUUUAUAGCAAGAGAUCUCUUAGAGAAGCUCUCUGGACAGGUUCAAGUGAUGGAGAAACUUGCAGCUAUCAGUGACGAAAAUAUGGGAAACAUCAGCUCUGUCAUAGAGGCUAUCCCAGAAUUCCAUAAAAAGUUGUCACUCCUAUCCUUUUGGACAACAUGCUGCAGUCCUGCAGGGGUCUACCAUGCCUCAGUUGACAGGGUGAUGAAGCAGCUCGAGGUCAAUUUUGCCAGAAUUGUCAACAAAGAACACCCAGGACUUGCGGAAACAGCAUUUCGAACAUUGGUAUCUCGAAUUCUGGAUCGGGCAGAACCUCUGCUUUCUUCCAGCCUCUCCGCCGAGGUCAUCACCGUUUUUCAGUAUUACUAUUACUUUGCCAGCAAUGGUGUGAGUGACCUUGAGGGUUACUUAAUUCAGUUGGCUAAGCAAGCUGCAAUGGUACAAACUCUCCAAUCAUUAAGAGAUGAAAAGCUGCUACAAAAUAUGACUGAUCUCACAGCCAACAACCUCCCAGUCCAGCAGGAAGUGCUCCGAACCCUGGCUUUUCUUCUGACUGAAAACAAUGAUGAGAUUAGUCAGGCUGUGACAUUAUAUUUGGCAGCAGCAUCCAAAAAUAAGCAUUUCAGGGAAAAGGCCUUACUAUACUACUGUGAGGCACUGACAGAAACAAACCUUCACCUUCAGAAAGCAGCAUGCAUGGCCCUGAAAAGUCUUGAGGCUACUGAAAGCAUUAAAAUGCUGGUAAGUCUGUGCCAGUCUGAUAAUGAAGAGAUCAGGAAUGUGGCAUCUGAAACGCUGCUCUCUCUUGGAGAAGAUGGGCGGCUGGCUUACGAGCAGCUGGAUCAGUUUCCUCGAGAUUGUGUGAAGAUUGGGGGUCGUUAUGGAAAUGAAGUUGCCACCGCUUUCUAACUGCCUACUAACCCUUUGCUGAUGUUUAAAGGCCAUGGCAUCUAGCUUUCCUGCCUGGGAUGGUGCUGUUAUUUAGCUGGGGAGAAGAGGCAAUGGAGAGAUGCUCUUAAAAGGGUGGAGAGACUUGGUUAUUUACAGAACAAAUUCAAAUCGGGCUACUUGGUUCCCAUCACUUGUUUCCUUUGCCUAAUGAUAGAGUCUCUGAGUGUAUGGACUUGUUGAUAGCUCCUAGCAACACUCAGUAUAAUUCUGUCUCCUCUGGAGUGGAUGAUAUUUUAAAGAUGGACAUCUCAGCUUUUUACAUGCAUUGUAUUUUUUUAAUGGAAGUUUUCCUGUAAGUUUGAAAUAAUUCAUGUGAUGUUUUAUCUCAGCAAAGGAAAAGUGAUCUCUGUAAGGAGGGACUAAGAAGAAAAGGAUUUUGUUUUGAUUUUUUUUUUGUUAUUACAAGCUACAGUAAAUGUCAGUUGCCUUGUGGUUUUCUCUCUAUAAUGGACUCAGGGUUGAAUUACUUCUUUGGAUUUCUAAUGUCCUUUGGAAGAACACAAAAAAGGACUUCCACAAAUUUAGUCUAUAAAAUGAAGUGGGAUGUUAGUUUAUCAACUUAAUUUUUGAACAUCCACAUAACCUUUUACUUCCCUUUUUCAGUCAUCAACAUUACCCCUCAAUAAUUCACAAAUUUAAUGUCAAUUCUUUUGAAAAGUCAGAUUAUUUUCUAAGAUCUAUAAGUUAAAGUUACACCCACUCAUAUAUAUGUGUGUAUAUAUAUUCAAUUGAGAAAAUUUUAAGAUUAAUUUGGUUUUGGAUUAUUAAGAAGCAGGUGUUUCACUCUCCAAGUAUAUUCCUGGGUAUUUUGUCACUAUCAUACACUAGAACUAAAAUAGAGUUAUAGGGUUAAAAGGCUCCUUGUGAUAUGCUUAGGGUAGAGGAAGACUAGGAGAGAUCCUUCACUCUUCAAAAGAAAUGGGUGAAAUGUGAUAGGGUGUCUUUGAUCCUUAAAGAGACUCUGAUGCAAAGUUAAAGCAAGAUGCCUACCAUCCAGAUAUACCUCUUCAGUGCUUGUGCUUCAGAGACUGCCUCACUGUAGGUUUGAGACAGCAACAUCAGGAUGCUAAGUUAGUGUGAGAUGGUUAAAGCAGUUGACAUUAAGUAAUGACUCGUCUCCCUAAAAGUACAAAAAGUAGGAUAUACCAAGGUAUCUUAUCAGUCCUUAAAAAAUUAAAAAGAAUAUGAGCUCCAGGAUCCAACUUGGUCCAAUACCCUGUUUAGAUGUCAGUUAAACUCAUCAAAAUUUUUAUAUAAUUCAAAGAUCAAAAACAAAGCACUUCAUUUAAAAAUGUUUCCAUUGUUUGCCAGACUUUCUGGUAAAUCACUGUUUCAACUGUGAAUGUUAUUAAUGAUGUAAAUAUUUGUAAAUUUAUAAAUAUCACAUAAAUAUAUAGCCUUUAUUGAAAAAAUACAUUUGUAUAGUCUAAAAUGUUUACUUGUUUAAUGGAUGAAAUGGUUCUUUUCAUGAAAAGUAAAAGCUGUUUUUAUAUAUACAUAUAUAUUAUGUCUAUUGCAUGAGCUGAUGAUUCCAAACCUUUUUGUAUUGACUUUGGCUUUUUUUGGUGGGGAGGGGCUUCUAGUUUUGUGACAUUUGUACUCAUCACUCUCAUGAUCACAUAAAUUAUAAUAAAGAUUAUUUUUGAAUUAACUAAUAAA